AUGCAAUUUCCAGUUCUCGCUUCAAUCGCUUCACUUCUAGCCACUGCAAGUGCUAUCACGGUCUCCUAUGACACCGGUUACGAUAACGCAGGCCGUUCACUCAACGAAGUAUCCUGCUCCGACGGAGCCAACGGUCUUGUGACAAAAGGCUUUUCAACCCAAGACUCUCUUCCUACAUUCCCAAGAAUCGCGGGUGCAUCAACAGUCGCAGGCUGGAACUCUGCAUCGUGUGGAACUUGUUAUUCAUUGAGCUACAACGGAAGAUCAAUUAAUGUUCUGGCGGUGGAUCACGCGGCGGAAGGAUUCAACAUUGCUUUGGCGGCAAUGAAUGAGUUGACUGGAAACCAGGCUGAACAGUUAGGGAGAAUUGAUGCACAAUGGAGUCAGGUAGCUGCGAGUGAUUGUGGGUUGUAA